CAUAUCUUCCUGACUGUCCAGCUUUUCACUAGUGCUUUGACUGGCUACCUCUCUCCGCCAUCUCAUACAGCUUCACAGUUCAUUCAUGAGCAGCUCCUGUAAGCAGCCAAUCUUCGUGGUGAAUUCUAGAGUGGCGAGGUGAAGAUACUUAUGUCCUCUAAUCUGGAACUCUAACAACCCUAGUCUUUAGAGAUAUGUAAAUUAGCACACUGACCAUGUAAAGCAAGUGCAUCUCACCUGCUCCUUGGCUAGGAAUGCUGCCUCUCCAGUUCAGCACCGGGGAGCAGGUAUGUGAUGGAUGGGGCAAGCGACCAUGGAGCUUUGUGUUUGCUGAUCGAAUAGUGCUAGUUGGUUUUUCCUGUUAGUACAUAAUGUUAGUACGGUAGGGAAAAUAGCACCUAGUUCUGCUUACUUGAUUGCUUCUCUUUUUAGGACUUGUAUGAUACCCUUAUGUGAGAGCCAGGAAAUGUCUUUUUCUCUGAAUUCCAAGAUCCAAUAAUGAUCAGGAUUUUUGUGGAAUCAACAAUGGCCUUGAAUUUCACAAGGACUACUUAAUAGAAAAAGACGUGCUGACUCCCAGCAAGUAUGAGGCGAGAAUCUCUUGAAGCAAACGUGCAGGAGAGCUCUCCACUGCCUUGUGGGUAGGCUGCUGAGUCCAGAAGGGACCACAGGAACAGGGGAAAAGACAGUUCCAGAGAAGACAUGGCGGGCAGAGAGGAGAAGACGAAGAGUGCGAACAGAGUGCUGAGGAUCAGUCAGCUGGAUGCCCUUGAACUGAACAAAGCUCUGGAGCAGCUCGUGUGGUCCCAGUUUAAUCAGUGCUUUCAUGGAUUUAAGCCAGGGCUCUUAGCUCGCUUUGAACCAGAAGUGAAAGCAUGUCUGUGGCUUUUCCUAUGGCGGUUCACCGUCUACUCCAGAAAUGCCACUGUGGGGCAGUCAGUUCUGAAUAUUCAGUACAAAAAUGAUUUCUCUUCCAGCCCAAGAUACCAGCCACCAAGUAAAAAUCAGAAACUGUGGUACGCCGUGUGCACCAUUGGGGGUCGAUGGUUAGAAGAACGAUGUUAUGAUUUGUUUCGAAACCGUCAUUUAGCAUCUUUCGGGAAAGUCAAACAGUGCAUGAAUUUUGUGGUUGGACUCAUAAAAUUAGGUGAGUUGAUAAACUUCUUGAUUUUCCUGCAGAAGGGAAAGUUUGCAACUUUGACAGAACGCCUCCUUGGCAUUCAUUCUGUAUUUUGCAAGCCCCAGAACAUGCGUGAAGUUGGCUUUGAGUACAUGAAUAGGGAACUUCUCUGGCACGGUUUUGCUGAGUUUCUGAUUUUCCUAUUACCACUCAUCAAUAUCCAGAAGUUGAAAGCCAAAUUGUCUUCCUGGUGCAUACCCCUCACCGGCACUGUUAGUGACAGUGCCCUCGCCAGCAGUGGCAGAGAAUGUGCCCUGUGUGGAGAGUGGCCCACAAUGCCUCACACCAUUGGAUGUGACCACGUGUUCUGUUAUUACUGCGUUAAAAGUAGCUUCCUAUUUGACAUGUACUUUACCUGUCCUAAGUGUGGCAUAGAAGUGCACAGUGUGCAGCCACUGAAAUCAGGAAUUGAAAUGUCAGAAGUAAAUGCUCUUUAGAAACCAAACUGUUUUCUCUGAGGGAAAAUGUAUUGUGUGUCCUUGGUAUUAGUCAUCGUCAACGUCAUAUGUAGGUGUCUUUGAAAAGGCAUGUGCUGCUCAGCCACUGUCCUCUUCUUUUCUAAGAGCCACUAAAUUCUAAUCACUGGAAACUAAAUGAUAUGAGAAAAUCUUAUAAAUGUUCAGGUUAUUUUUUUUAAAUCAUCUAUUAAAUUUUUUAAUGUCAAGAAUAAUGGGAAAUUUUUGUCAGAUGAAUACUGAGAAUGACUAAGAAUGCUUCUUCAUAGAAAAGGUCAAACUCUAAAAAUAAACGAUUUUUGAGACUCUGA